AUGGUUGACUCUUUCGAAAAAUUGUCCCUCGAUCAUACCGAUCUUAUAGAUUGGUCAUAUACUCCAGAACGGAUUCUCGAGGAAGCUUCUCUUAUUGUGCAAAAAAAUAAGGACUUCAAUGACCAAAUUGCUGCGAUCACUAAGCCAACUAUCGCGAAUACUCUUGAACCAAGUAUCAAGUAUCACAAUGAACACAACAUCGACGAUAACCAACUUGGCUUUUUCAAGUAUGUGUCGCCCGACAAAGAUUUGCGAGAUGCUAGUUCAAAAGCCGAGAGGUUAAUCAGAUCGGCGGUAGCUGACCAGGCAACUCGUGAAGAUGUUUUCAAGGUUUAUGACGAGUUGCUUAGAGAGAUAAAGGAAAAGGAUAUUCCUAUACACGCGGAGUCGCAAAAGUUUCUAGAGCAAAAGGUCAGGUCCUUUCACCGUAAUGGCCUUGGUCUUUCAGAUGAUAAAUUACAACGCUUGAAGGAAUUGAAAGACGAAAUUGUUGAACUGUCUCAAAAAUUUGUCAAAAAUAUCACAGAAGAUUCAACAUCAGUCUCUAUCGCUUCAUCAGCAAACCUUCCUAAAUUUAUCACCGAAAGAUUGCCAGUAGAAGAUGGGAAGUACGUUCUCAAGGGUCGCGCACCAUAUCAAGUAUUGGGGUCUGCAAAUGAUCAAGAAAUUAGAAAGCAAGUGUUUUUGGCUAUCAACGAAAAAAGCCCUGGUAACGUAUUGGAGUUGUCCAAACUCGUUCGUUUGAGGUAUGAGCUUGCAAAGUUGUUGGGAUAUAAUUCGUACUCUGACUACGCUUUGGAAGAAAACGUGGCAAAAACCACUGAGAAUGCAUUAGGGUUUUUGGAAGACUUGAAAAGUAAGAUUCAGCUUGUUGCAGAAAAGGAAUAUGCCACUCUUCUAGAAUUGAAAAAUGAAGACUUGAUCAACAAGGGCAUCGAGCCACAGUCAGAACUAUUCAACUGGGAUAUUGUAUACUACGGUGAAAAACUUGAUCAAAAAGAGAAUACAAUAGAUUACUUGAAGUUGAAAGAAUACUUCCCGGUUCAGAAGACAGUGGAGAAAAUGAUGCGUAUUUACGAACAGAUAUUUGAUAUGAAGUUUGUCGAAAUCAAAGAGCCAAAGAAGAAAUAUCUUUGGCACGAAGAUGUGAGGAUAUUUGCAGUGUAUACGAACAUCAAACAGGGCCAUCCGCUGAAUGAGUUCUGUGGUACACUCUAUUUGGAUCUUAGUUCAAGGCCAGGGAAAUAUUCCGCCCCUGCCAUGUUUCCCAUCAAAGAUGGUUACUUUGAGGAAAGUUUGGUUCCACUGUACUGCGCCUUGGUUACCAGCGGUACUCCUCCAACUGAAUCCAAACCAGCCUUUUUGAGGCAUUCCCAAGUGACACAGACGUUCCAUGAGUUAGGCCAUUGCAUUCAUCUCUUUUUAUCCAGAGCAAGGCAUGCCAAAUUCCAAGGCCCUUCUGGUGUUCCUCGUGAUUUUCUUGAGUGCCCAUCACAAUUAUUGGAGUUCUGGACUUGGUCUCCACAGAUAUUGCAAACACUAUCAGGACAUUACGAAACUAAUCUACCACUUACUGAUGAGAUUGCCGCAAAGCUUGAAAAAAGCAAGAGCCUCAACUGCGGUAAUACCUAUAUUAAGCGGAUUCACAAUGCGCUUUUCGACCUUAAGAUUCAUAGUAUCUCUAAGAAGAGUGAACUCGAUGCAUUUGAUCCUGUGGCAACCUGGAACGAGCUUCGUCGCGACUUGGGUAUUCCAUCAUAUGAAGAUGGUGAUAAAAGCUUUACCACCUUUGGCCAAUUAAGUGACCAUUAUGCGUCAACUUACUACGCGUAUCUAUAUGGUCAACUGUUUGCCGCGGACAUUUUCUACAGCAAAUUUAGAGAGGAUCCCUUGAAUGUGGAAGCUGGGCUCGAGUAUCGACAAAUUGUGUUAAGUAGAGGUGGCACAUUAGAUAUUGAGGAUAUCUUGGAAGAGUUCCUCGUUAGACCACCAAACUCAGAAGCUUACGAGAGAGACUUGAGUAUUAGCGCAUAG